GACCCGUAGGCCGCGCGCCGGAAGCGCAGGGCAGCUGGUGCAGAGCAUGGUGGCGGCGGCGCGGGCGGCGGUGUUGCGGCUGCUGCGGGCGGCGGGGUCGCGGGGGAGACUGCGGGGGCUGUUGGCUGCGCCGGACCCCGGCCCCGACCCCGACCCCGGCCCCGGCCCCGGGCGGCUGCGGGCGGCGCUGGGCGCGGGCGCGGCGGGGGCGGCGCUGCUGCUGCUGCUCUGGGGCCGGGACCGGGGCCGGGACGGGGCGCUGCUGCCCCGCGUGUCCGCGGCCGUGCCCGCGCCGCCCCCCGCCGCCACCUCCGCCCGCGCCCGCGCCGCUUUCAACUUCAUCGCCGACGUGGUGGAGAAGACGGCGCCCGCGCUCGUCUACGUGGAGAUCCUGGGCAGGCAUCCUUACUCGGGGCGGGAGGUGCCCAUCUCCAAUGGGUCUGGCUUCGUGGUGUCCCCAGACGGCCUAAUCGUAACCAAUGCCCACGUGGUGGCCAAUCGGCGGCGGGUGCGAGUGAAGCUGGCCAGCGGGGAGCUCUACAAUGCCGUAGUCCAGGAUGUGGACCCCAUGGCUGACAUUGCCACCAUCAAGAUCGAGCCCACGAGCCCUCUGCCCACCCUGCCCCUGGGCCACUCCUCAGACGUGCGCCAGGGGGAGUUUGUCGUGGCCAUGGGCAGCCCCUUCUCCCUACAGAACACAAUCACCUCCGGCAUCGUCAGCUCAGCACAGCGGGGCAGCAAGGAGCUGGGGCUGCCUGGUUACAACAUGGAGUACAUCCAGACCGAUGCUGCCAUUAACUUUGGGAACUCCGGGGGCCCCCUCGUCAACCUGGACGGCGAAGUGAUCGGUGUGAACACGAUGAGGGUGACCUCGGGCAUCUCUUUCGCCAUCCCCUCAGACCGGCUCCGGGACUUCUUGGAGAAGGGGCGGCAGCGCCAGAGCUCCCAGUUUGGCAGCGAGGCGGUAAAGCACCGCUACAUUGGGGUGAUGAUGCUGACGCUGACACCCAGCAUCCUGGCUGAGCUGAAGCGGCAUGACCCCAACUUCCCCGAUGUUGCCUCUGGCAUCCUCAUCCACAGGGUCAUCUUUGGCUCCCCAGCCCACCAGGCGGGAAUGAAGGCCGGUGAUGUGUUGCUGGAGAUCAACAAGCAGGUGGUGCGGUGUGUUGAGGACGUGUAUGAGGCGGUGCGCAUGCACCAGAGCCUGGACAUACUGGUGCGGCGCGGCUUUGACACCCUCCUGGUCCACGUCACGCCCGAGACUGCCGAAUAGAGGCCAGCAAAGCACGGCAUGGCACAGCACGGGCUGCCCACAGUGGGGACUGGGCACCCCAGGCUCCUCAGCACAGAGUCACCCAUCCCUGGGCUGGGACUGGAUGGGGUCAGGCAACACCCCCGCAACGCCUGCUGUACUCAGAGAUGGAGGGUGACUUGCAGAGACUGGCAGCCUUGAGGCAGGGCCUGGCUUGUGUGGGGUUGGGCAGGGCCAGCCUGGUGCGGGGCUGGCAGUGGGAGGGGAUGGGGGCUGCUCUCAGUCGCCUUCGCUGCAAUAAACCAUUUCCUAGGA